AUGAUAAUAAGAAUCAUGCUAUUACUAGGCUUUAUAGUUUCAGCUCAAGAACUAAAUAUAACCACUUCUUUCACUGAAUUAGAAGCUCAAGUUCUCGACAUAUUAGCAGAUUUAACUGAAACUAGACAAGACUUAGAAUAUCAAUUUGAUGUUUUGGCAAAAAUUUCCUUUAACCAGACAAUUGCCAAUAUGAUCCAAACAGUUAAAAAUUAUACAAUAAAAACAAGGAGAACAAACAGCAAAAUUAAUAAAAUAACCGAUGUCGCCAUUCUUGAUGUAUUUAACUCAGAACUUGAGAGGAAAAGAGACCUAGCAAACUCACAAUUGAAUGGAAUUGAAAAGCACCUCGACAAAGGAACAAUGACGAACAGGCUUGAAAAGAUCAUUGAUUUCUGGUAUAAGCGUUCCCAAGUCCCUGACAAAGACUUGGAAAUUGUUGUCCAGAUGGUUGAAAAAAAGGCUGGACAAAUCCAAUAUUUAUUAAAGAAAACUUAUAGUUUAAACUGGAUUUAUAUUCUGCUCGUCAUUAUUGCAGUCGGCGCUAUCUUAAUAUUAAAAGGAGUAAUACAAGCACAAAAAAGACAUAUAUUCUAA